AUGUCUAACAAAUAUGACGAUUUACUUACAAUAAUUGCUAAUUUGGAAAAAGAAAGGAAAGAGGACAAACGGCGCAUGGCUUUAAUGGAGGAUAGAUUGGAAACUAUGGAGCGUAAAAUGCGUGCAUCGGGGAUUGAAGUACGAAAUAUUCCUAAAUCAACGGGUGAAACAAAAGAUUUUUUGUUUAACAUUAUUAAAAAAGACCGGAAAGGCCGUUAA